UCGUUGUCGCCAGCGCCCGUGCUCGCCUGCCGGCCAGCCGAGUGGGAUCAGUCAGUGUGGCCUGUGCGCUCCCCCAGUCCGAACGCACUGCGACCGCCGCUCUCGCGCUCGCUCGCGCCUUCCACCCGCACCUUCAACUGCUCAUCACUCACACUUUAAGAUGAAGAACAAAAGGAAAGGAAGCAAGUUCCGUCGCAGAAGCUGCGUGUAGAGUGACAGUGCCCGACACAAACUUGGAUUUUGGUUUUCUCCGAAGACAACAACACUUGGUGCGCCAAAUUUUUGAGACCAAACUGUGCUAAACAAAAAUCAGUUCUGCGAAACGCAUCGGACACUCUCUGCGGCGAUUCGGCCAAAAGAUGAGGAUUAAAAUGCCAGCUAUGCGCAUCGCGCAAGCUGACGCGGAAGUGGUCCAGGACAUCCUGACGUGCGGCGCGUGCCAAAAGCCGUUCGCGCUGGCCGACAUCUGCAAAUUCAUCCAGCACAAGAACCUCUCCUGCAACAAGGAGAACUACUCGUGCGGCUUCACCGGCGCCGAGCAGGACGUCAACGAAGACAGCGACGACGGCGCCCAGCCCAUGAACGUCAACUCGCGCCGGCCGAGCAUCUCGGCGCCCAUUUCGGGCAAAAAGGGCCCCCAGACGGCCACCGCGCCCUCCUCCCUCCUGGACGCGUCCUCGAGGCUUGAGGAGCGACUCGGGGUGACGGCGCCACCACCGUCGCCGCAACACCCCGGCGCCUCGUCCUCGCACGACGCCCUCCUCGCCGCCUCCAGCCCCGGCAGCCGGCCGUCCUCCAGGGCGCAACAACUGUCCGCCUCCGGCGAGUUCAAACCGCACAUCAAACAGGAGUCGGACGCCGAACGAUCCAGAGCGUCCAGGUCACCAGAUGUGGCCGACGCUUGCUCCAACACCGUCGUAUCAGAACCCAGCAAUUACGUGUGCUCGACGUGCAAGCAGCGCUUCCAGUCCGCAUGGACGCUGAUGCAGCACGUGCAGGAAGGGCACGGCAUCAAGAUCUACAUCGACCUGACGGCGGCGACGCCACCGCCGACCGUGUCGGCGCCGUCGCUGCCGCCACUGGCGCCGCCGGUGGUGAGCCGCCUCCACGACCUGCCCCCGCGUUCUUCCAUGCCGCCGAUCCAGCCGCCGCUGCCGUCGGCGCUCGACCCGCACAACCCCUUCAACCUGCUGCGCAUGCCCCUGGGCGGCGAGCGCAACUUCGGCAACAGCUCGCUGGCCGCCGCGGCCGCCGCCGCGCUCAACCCUUUCGCGAGGCCCCCUUCUAGUCACGACUUCCGCAUGGAGCAACUAGUCUCGGAACAGUUCCGUCUCAACCCGCACGCGGCCGGCCUGAAUCUGGCCGCCGCCCUUGAGCAGGUGCGGCCGCCGCCCUUCGCGACGGACCCGUUCGAAAGACCGCCGAGCACCAGAAGCACGGCCUCGUCCGGGGCACCGACGUCCAGCUCGGUGCCUCCGCCGCCCCCGCAGGCGGCGUCAUCCUCGUUGGGCGCACUAAAUCUCGAGCCGCAACUGGAUUUUUACUCGCAGCGGCUGCGUCAGUUGGCAGGCACUACCAGCCCUGGCGGAGGAUCCAGCCCGUCGAGCCGAAAGCAGAUCCUCACUCCCCCUUUUACCAGCCCGAAUAACAACUCGGCGCCGCGGUCGUCGCAGCAAGAAACGACGCCCCCGGCCGCCGGCUCGUCGGCUGCAGGCCACAAGGCCAACCAGCAGCCGUCGACCUCGGGCUCCUCUUCCUCCCUUCUGUCUCAAUCCCUCAACAACUCGUCGUUUUCGGGAAACGGGAGUGUGGGGCGGGCGUCUCUGAGUCCUCCACAGAUGCGGCCGCCCUCGCAACCCUUGAGCUCCUCACUGCCUACCUGCGGGCCACACGAGUCGGACUUGACACCCUUGCCCAGUACUCCGCGGGCACAGUCCACGCCCCCAGACCCCAGCAAGGCGGCCGGCGAGGCCGCGGCCGAGGCGGCCACCGACCUCACUUCUUUCCACCACAAUAAGAACAAGUCGUGCGAAUUCUGCGGCAAAAGGUUCAAGUUCGUCUCCAACCUGAUCGUGCACCGCCGCUCGCACACCGGCGAGAAACCCUACCGCUGCCCCAUCUGCAACCACACGUGCUCGCAGGCCAGCAAGCUCAAGCGACACAUGAAGAUCCACAGAGCGGCCCGCAAACACGGCGGCCCGCUCAACGGCAGCACCAACUCCACCCCUGAGUCCGGCGAGACCGACUCUUUGGGCGGUUCAAUCGAAACCUUGGACUCGGACGAUGACAAGUCCGAGGACGAGGAAGAUGAGCUGGAGGACAUGGAGUUGGAGGAAGAGGAAGAAGAGGAGGGAGACGAGUCCGAGGAGGACAUCGAGGGUGACGCUCCCGAGGACCUGACCACCAAGUCCUCGUCGAGCGCCACGUCGACGCCCACCCAGCACCCCAGCAAGGACAAAGGUCUCAAGCUGAUGCACCCCUCCCUUCCAUUGGCCGGCUCCCUCGUCGGCGAGCUGAUGAACAAGUUCGGUCUGAGCGACAUUCAGCAGUACAACGAGGCCUACAAGCAGGCGCUGCAGGAAUCGGGCGGCCUCAAAAUGGGCAAGGACGACAAGCCGCUGCCCAGCAACAACAACGACCGCAUCAGGGACAACAACAACAUCCCCCACUCCCUGAUGAAGAAGCGGCACGAGAACGGUCUGGACAAAAGCGCCCUCCAGUUCCACGAAGACCUGAGGAAAGGUUUGAUCGGCCAGCCGCACAUGGACAUCAACCCGCACCUCUUCGGCUUCGACAUGCCCUUCGACGCCAGCAAGCGUCUCAAGCUGGACCUGGAAAACCACCCUUUGCGGAACGACCGCGACAUCUACGCCGGCCUUUCGUGGCUGCCGACGAUGGCCCCCACCCCUCGUGACCUUUUUGGGGUCGACCACCCCAACUUUGACCUGCUCACCGGCAGAAAGGAGAAGUCGCGAGACCACCAGAAGCCGGGCCCGUCGGCCAUGACGGCCGCGGCCGUGGCCGCCGGCCUGAACCUGGGCCUCGGGCCGACCGGGGUGCCGCGCAAGGAGAGCCGGCGCAACGACACGUGCGAGUACUGCGGCAAGAUUUUCAAGAACUGCAGCAACCUGACCGUGCACCGCAGGUCGCACACCGGCGAGAAACCGUACAAAUGCGAGCUGUGCAGCUACGCGUGCGCGCAGUCGAGCAAGCUGACGCGCCACAUGAAGACGCACGGCCGGCUGGGCAAGGACGUGUACCGGUGCCGCUUCUGCGAAAUGCCCUUCUCGGUGCCGUCCACCCUGGAGAAGCACAUGCGCAAGUGCGUCGUGAACCAGAACAACAAGGCGGCCGCGGCGGCCAACGCGAGCGGCCUCAUGGCCGCCUCCAUGAUGGGCGACGACACCGGCGACUCGAGCGCCUCCGCCUCCAAGGACACCACAUGACUCUUCCCGUGGGGAGGCUUCCGCCAUCCGCCCCCGCCACAACCGCCGCCGCAGAGCAUUUACUGACGGUCGGCCCCCGUCUUCCCGCCCCCGCACCUGCAGCCCCCGAUGUAUCUACCUCCGCUCCCUGCGCCCUUCCCAUGGCGGAACCCGCGGCACUUUCGACCCCCGAGUCAAUUCUUCCUCCCGGCGCGCCCGGGAUAAAAACACUAUUAUCAGCAGUGCAAAGUGACGAAGAUGAAAAGAAGAUUGGUGGAUGGACGCACGAUUUGUGACGUUUUUAUUAUCAAAAAAAGCAGCACGUGUACCAUAUAAUGACAAACGGACUUAUAAGACACCGCAGCAAAAUGUAUUAUUUUCUCACGUAAUAUUUCCUUCGAUUUUUUUUUUAUGACUUUUUAUAAAUUAUUACUCCACACACUCGUAUAAGAUGAAAUUUUUGAGACUUGAUUUCCUUCUCUUUGAUUUAAAUAUUUCUGUGUAGUGCGUAGACUUUUUUUUGUUCAUAUAUAAUUAUAAUUUAAUUUAACUCGUAAUUAUUUAUGAGAGAAAACCAAAGGUAUUUUAAAAACGAAUUGGUUCCUAUUUGAGGAGAAUCUGCUGUCUUUUGUGUUUAUUUUUUUGUCUCCGCACGUUUUUGAUAUAUUUAUUUUUAAAAAAAAACCACCCUCCUCAUUCUCACACACACUCUCGCUUUCCACACAUUGGGGAUAAUGGAGUUGCUUUUAUAAUAUUUUUUUAAUCAUUCGAAAAACACUCACCACACACAUUCCUUUUUUUAUAAAACGAAAUAAUAAAUAUGUAUAAUAAAAACGAGACGCGCGCACAGCAAAAUUUUCAAAACAUUUAUCCACACAAAAAUGCAUAAUAAUUCCUUUUCGGAAGACUGUUCUUUAUAAUAAUUUAUUUUUCCGUGUACGUAUUCAAACAUUCAUAUAGUGGACACAAAACGUAACUUUAAUGUUCCGUCAGCAUUUGAAUUCCUAAACGAUGAAUGGCUCAAAGUAUAAAAUAUAACUCUCAAUUCCUCUCAACGUUAUCCCAACAGUAAACUGUAAAUAUCAUGCGAAUUUAUAAAUGAUACGAAAUCAACUUGCAAAAACCGCCGUAAAGUGUCACCCACCAUUCUGGAAAAAAAUUGAUAUGUAUCGUGUGAUUGAUGAUUAAAUUUAAAAUUUGUGUCCCUUACAUAUAAAUUGUUAAUUUUCAAUUUGUUCUAGAAACGAUCCUAUUUGUAUUUGAAUAAAUUAUUAAUUAAAUUUUUGACUCGUUCCAAGAAGUCAAGAGACGCGAUUUACCACUCAAAGUAUUAAUUAAUUUUGUCCCACUUCCUACAAGUGCGUGAUUGUGCGAGACGUAAAUGUUAUUUAAUAAUUAAAGACGCAAUGUACACACAGCAUUUUCUCGUUGUAUAAUGUAAAUGGUAAGGAAAACUUCACACACACGUCAUUCUACCACACGUAUUUUUAGCUCGUAACGAUUCUUCCCCUAAGCGCACAGGACACACUCCUCCCGAUAGCUGAUAAAUACAAUUAUUUUUCCAAACAAAUAUAUCCCCUCUCGAGCGCCAGUUCGCGGUGCAAGCUCCACAUUCACUUUAUAUAAAAAUUUAAAUUAAAAUAAUUGUAUUGAAAUAUGAGAAGAAAGAACAUUGUAGCAGCUUAGCUAUUUGUAUUUCUUACAGGGUAAACUAGCCGGAAAAAUAUAUCUUUCCCCGCGCGAAAUAAAAAUGUUUAUAUAUCACCCCAUACAAGAAAGAAAACAAAAAUUGUGUAUAAAAAAGUCAUCAAACUGAUUAAUUGUAAUUAAUUAAAUUAACGUAGGUGUACAAAAAGAGACGCCUCGAAUUCCCCGGUCCCGUUGGAGGAACCUUUUGUACUUACCGGGGACGACGACAGCGUCUCUCUCUCGAGACAAAUCUUCAAAUCAAUUUUCGUCAUCAAAAUAAUAAUUUAGCGGCUGCUUGACAUUCGAGCAGCCCUCUGAAUGUGAGACUAUGUAAGCUUAAACGCGAGCAGCAGAAUGUAAUAAAUAAUUUAAUAAAAACAACCGAAAUUGGCGAGAACAAAAUGAUAACCGACACCCACUGAUUGUUCCGUGUGACUGUAUCUCUCUCUCUCUAUCUCUCAUUGUCGCAAAAAAUAAUUAAAAUAAAAAUCUCAUCGAUUUUCGUCUCUCGGUCCGAUGUGCAAAAAUAAUGCAAAAGAUGAUGCAGUGUUUCUCGGCGGUCGCGAGACAACAAGUUUAUUAUAUUAUAAAAAUAAACGGAAAUUACAAAAAAAAAAUUAUGUAUUUGAAAAAGCACCGACGAUGUGUAAAAUGUACAUGUAAUGUACCACGAACCCGCGGGGAAAAACAGAGACAUCUCUUAAGUUGUAUGAAAAGUAUAAUAGGCAUUUAAGUAAGUGGUAGAUGAUAAAAUCAAGAAUGACGACGAUUAAUAUGUGUAAUUUGAUUGUCAAACCAGUUUGUUUUUAUUAAAGGCUUCUUUCAUAGAGAAGAUGAAA